UGUUCCUGACCUGGGUGAACUGCUCCAGUGUGCGCUGGGCCACGAGGAUUCAGGAUAUUUUCACAGUAGGGAAACUUCUGGCUCUGGGGCUCAUCAUAGUGGUCGGACUCGUUCAGAUCUUUAAAGGUCACUACGAUGCCCUGCAGCCUAGUGUGGCCUUCGAAUUCACUCAGGACCCCUCAGUUGGGCAGAUAGCUCUGGCCUUCCUCCAAGCCUCCUUUGCUUACAGCGGCUGGAAUUUCCUCAACUACGUUACAGAGGAGGUUGUGGAUCCGCGCAAAAACCUGCCUCGUGCCAUCUACAUCUCUAUCCCGCUGGUGACCCUGGUUUACACCAUGACCAACAUCGCCUACUUUACCUCCAUGACCCCAGAGGAGCUGCUUGCCUCCAACGCUGUGGCGGUGACUUUUGGGCAGAAGCUGCUCGGGAUGUUCUCCUGGGUGAUGCCGAUCUCUGUGGCCCUGUCCACUUUUGGAGGGAUUAAUGGGUAUCUGUUCACCUCCUCCAGGUUGUGUUUCUCGGGGGCUAGAGAGGGUCACCUGCCAUACCUGCUGGCUAUGAUCCACCUUAAAAACUGCACCCCGAUCCCUGCGCUGCUGCUCUGUUGCAUCGCCACCAUACUCAUCCUGUUUGUUGGAGAGACACACAACCUGAUCAACUACGUGUCCUUCAUCAACUACCUGUCCUACGGGGUGACCAUCGCCGCCCUGCUCUACCUGCGCAAGACCAGACCCAACCUGGCAAGACCCAUCAAGGUAAACAUCAUUGUCCCGAUCACCUACCUGCUGUUCUGGGCCGUGCUGCUGUGCUUCAGUUUGUACUCUGAGCCGGUGGUUUGUGGUCUUGGGAUGGUCAUCAUGCUCACCGGCGUCCCCGUUUUCUUUAUCGGCGUUCAGUGGAAAGAAAAACCCAAGUGGGUUUACGUCCUAGUCGAGAAAGCCACGUACAUGGGCCAGAAGCUGUUUUAUGUUGUGUUUCCACAGGAAGACUCCUCAGAGACUGAACCUCUCACUGCCAAAGAGCAGUGAAGUCCAUCAGGGCUUCUUUCGUGCAUCGACACCUGCACUUCCUGUUUUUGUCUUAAAUUUUUUUUUACAUUGUUCUCUCAGUGAAUUCUGAAGAAAUGCGUUCAAACAUAUUGUUGCACAGGUGCCGCUUGAACGGGACUGGAGUGGAGUAGAAAAAAAAUAACUUUUGAGAUGAAUAUGCAAGUUUUUCCUGCACUUUACCAUUUUUAUUUUUAUUUUUUACUACUGUAGCAGUAAUUAGUACUUACAUGAUGUUCACUUCUACUAAAUUUUCUGUCAUCUCUGCUUGGCUACAGUUUCCGGACAUUUCUUCUUGUUAAGUUUGUAGUUUGUUGCAGCUGUUUCCUGACAUACCUUCAGUGCCUUGUUGGUGCUAAUACUUAUUUAAUAUUUAUAUGUGGCCCCAGCAAAGUCAAUGAGGAUAAUAAGUUUGGUUUGUCAGCUGGAUGAACUGUAUGUUUACGACACAUGGAGAGCUGUUCUUCCAGGUUUGCCCUCCUUUGCUCUCUGGACCUAAACAACUGUUCGAGUUCAUUUUCCACUCGUGUUUCAUCAGUCAAGUUCUUACUGAUGUCAGCGUUCUAAUGUGUUGUUACCAUUAAUGUGUUGGAUAACAGCAGACGUCACAUCGACAGAAUGACCACUUCCUGCUCCCGCCUCUUCAUCAACCAGCUGACUGUGGUACAAAUGGCAUCAUGACCUCUGGAUAUGACUUGAUUGUAUUUCUGUUUCCUUGACCAAACAUAUUGACCAAGCGGUGGUGAAAAUAAGUUUUAGUUCUCAAACAGUCAUAAAUAGUGCCGCUACUUUUACAAUGUGUGGCCCAUUUGAUCUGGGAGUUAAUUAGUUCACAUUGUAAACACAGCAGAACAGAUAAAUGAGCCAGUGUUCCCUGAGCUAAACCCUGAAAGGUUAGCACUGGAAAUGAACCUGUGGUGCUUUUUGGUGGCACGGAGAUGCUGGUAAGUUUGUCGCACGUGAGAACAUAAAGACAAAAAAAGGUUUGUCUUGUUGUCUGGGCAGUGUUACUUCUGACGUUUAUAAAUGUGGUGUAAAAAAAAAUUAACGUGCCAGAACCUCUUUCAAAGAUGACAUUCCUGAUCAUUUACGUAUCGUUCCGUUGAAGCAUGUGCCUCUUUGUCAAAGAGUGAAGUUGUACAGUGAUAACAAUGUAAUUCAUUAAAAAUAGCAACUUCUAAGGAGUGUAAUUGUUUCUAGUGAUGUUURUAGCUUCCUCUAAUGCUCUCAUCGGGCGAUUAAAAGCUGCUUUUGACAUGUUCGUGGAUCUUUACAGCAUUUGGAGACAUUUCUCCUCUGUUCUCUCUGCAGGAAGUGUGGCUGAUUGCAGUUAUUAAAACUGAUUUUAUAGUGCCCUUUUUUAGUAAAUACUUGUCUUACUGUGCAGGGAACCAUCGGUGAUGCAGCUGUACAGGGAUUUAUCCACAGUAAUGGUUUGGUCAUCUGAACAUAGGAGCUCAAAUACCGAAGUGUUUUUACACAAUUAAAAUGGUGACCAGGGUAAAUGUUGUGAACAUGUGACAAAAGACUAAUAAAAGUCGUACAAAACCAA